AUGUCAUUUUGUCUUGUUUUUGCAUCUUUGAUAGGCCCGAUCAUUGGGGGUGCUCUUGCAGAAGACUCGACGUGGCGAUGGACUUUUUUCGUCAAUGCACCGUUGUGCGUCAUUGCGAUGGUUGUCAUCAUCGUUGCGAUGCCCAAGCACUUCGGUCUUGAUCAGCACACUCCUUCAUUUCGAACACGAGCCUCCUAUCGCUCAUUUGCUAAUCUCGAUAUACUGGGAUCACUUUUGAUGAUGGCUGGCUCAUUUUUGAUAGUCGCCGUCUUGAACGAAACCAAUCUGGCAUUCUCAUGGUCCUCGAGGGACGCAAUUGCGCUCCUCGUGCUCACGGGCGUUUCCUGGAUUGCUUUCUUUGCUUGGGAAUGGCAUAUCUCAGGCAUCCCGGGUAAAGACCCCAUAUUUCCCAAGCGUUGGCUUUUCGAUCGUCCGUGGCUGGGAAUACUUCUUUCUUCUUUUGUCAUUGGCGCACCAUACAACGUCGUUCUAGUAUAUGUUCCCCAGCAAGCCCAGCUUCUGUUGGACAAAACGCCCUUGGAUGCCGGUAUCUAUUUGAUUGGGUAUUCCGCUAUUGCGGCUUUUGCAGCGGCUGUUGUCAACAUCGCCAGCUCUAGGGGACGUAUCCCGUUUAUUUAUACUCUGUUCGUGGGCUGCACAGUUCACACUGUCGGAAUUGGGCUUCUUUCAACCAUUGCCACUUCUAGAGGCUUUCACGCAGCCGAUAUUGGCUACCUAGUCAUUGCUGGGACAGGAAUGGGUCUGACAAUGGGCAUCCUCGUGCUAUCGACGCCAUACAUAGUCGAAGAUAGAGACCUGGUCCAGAUUCGCUUCCUUGGCGGUGCCAUUGGUCUUGCCAUUGCAUCUAAUAUACUGAAUGGCCGUCUAGCGAAGCGUUUGCGCGGUGUCAUGACGUCGCAUGAACUGCACCUCUUUCUUGAGAAUGUGAGAUUGAAAAACACUCUUUCUCCCGAAAUCCAGGAGGAGGUGAAAAGUGUUCUAGCUAGUAGUUUCAAUACGCAGCUGCUUGUCAUGGUCGGAUUUGCGGCUGCUCAGCUACCGGCGACUCUACUACUGCUAAAGGCAGGCCGGCAGCUUGCAGCCCAUAAAUACUCGGGGAAGAACUCAGGGUGA